AAAAGCCGUGGUUUCACGAAUCCCUCGUUUCCUCUAGACACUUCCGUGACAAUCCACAUGUGAGCGUGACACAAUAAACUGCGUUACGGAGAGCUUCGUGAAGGGAUCUGGGGAUGAGUAUUCUUUCUUUGCUGCCAGAGUUUGUCAGAGCAAGACACGGCUUGAGAGCUUACGAGAGAUUCGCGACAGAACUUUACCGGACUCUUUGCACACCAAAAUCCAACAUGGCGCUGACCCAGAGUUCGUGUAACAAGGCGUUUGGUGGGGAACAGAAGGUUUUCAAGCACUACAGCUCAGUUCUUAAAUGCGACAUGAACUUUGGGGUUUACAUCCCACCACAGGCUGCGUCUGAGAAGGUGCCUGUGUUUUAUUGGUUAUCAGGGCUAACAUGUACUGAGCAGAACUUUGUAACCAAAGCUGGUGCCCAGCGUUAUGCCGCAGAGCACGGGGUCAUGAUUGUCGCUCCAGACACUAGCCCAAGAGGGUGUAAUAUUGAAGGAGAAGAUGACAGCUGGGAUUUUGGUUCAGGCGCUGGAUUCUAUGUCGAUGCAACUGAAGAAAAGUGGAAGACAAACUAUAACAUGUACUCAUACAUCACAAAAGAGUUACCAGAACUCAUCAAUGCCAAUUUUCCUGCUGACCCAGAAAUAAAGUCUAUCUCUGGACACAGUAUGGGAGGCCAUGGAGCUUUAAUGUGUGCACUCAGAAACCCUGGUCUUUACCGGUGCGCAAGUGCUUUUGCCCCAAUCUGUAACCCAAUUCAUUGUCCAUGGGGUGAAAAAGCUUUCUCUGGAUACUUGGGGUCAAACAAGGACGCAUGGAAGGAGUAUGACUCGUGUGAACUUGUGAAGAAAUACCAAGGACCCCCCUUGAAGAUCCUAAUUGAUCAGGGUCUAGCAGAUACCUUCUACCCGCAUCAGUUGCUACCUGAGAAUUUUGUGCAGGCUUGCAGCAACAACAACCUUGUGUCAGUCACUCUUCGCAAACAUGAGGGCUAUGAUCACAGCUACUAUUUUGUGUCGUCAUUCAUCGGUGAUCAUAUCGCUUUCCAUACAAAAUGCUAGUGAUGGAUGGAAGGAUGUCUCAUGGACGAGGAUUUAGGGAGGAGCAGACACUCAGUAAUAAUAAUAAUAAUACAUUUUUCAAACACGAUAGAGAUAACAGCAUAGCUUAUGUGGUCAUGUAAUCCUCCCUCAACAACUCACACUAAUUACCUUAUGUGUAGUUCCAGAAAAUAUCUAUCCCCCCCCCCCCCCCCUCCAGGGAGUCGGAGGUAUGACCCACCACCCCUCUGGAAUUUCCAACACCUUCGAAGAAAAUAAAUACAGUAACUGUAGGGAAAAAGGGCAUUUUACCCCCCCCCCCUCCCCUAUGGAAAUUCCUGGUCGUUUGAACCCCCCACCCCCUGGGAAUCUCCAAUCCCCUCAAUGGGGGGGGGUAUGGAUGUUUUCUGGAACAACACUAUCUAAACUUUACUUACCUACUAACUAAUAGCUUUUGGAUUACCCACCUAAUACAUAUAUUGAUAAGUUAAACUUAUAACUUAAAGACUACAGACAAGCUGUAGAAAAACUAGAUGAUCUGCGUAGGUGUUGUGUAGAUAAGUUAUAAACAACACAAUGCUGAAAAAGUGUUGUACGCUUCUGGGAAAGAGAGUAGUUGCGCUGACUUUUCGAGUGUAAGCCUUUGUUUGUUUGUUUUUUUGUUUUUUUUUUGCUCCGACUAAGGCUCGAAACAUCAGCGUAAUUGCUCUGUUUCCAGGAAUCGUGCAACACUUUUUUCAAUCUUGUGUUUACUUGACUACCCAACUUGCUUAACUAAAAAACUACCAGUCUGGCUCCUGCCUAGCCUCACCCUCGUCUACUGUAUGUACUUGGUUCGUGCAUGCUGCAUGCUAGAGGAGUGCUUGUAUACGUAGCAUGUUGCUCGGAUUAAAUGAAAAUAACCAUCUGUAGGAGAAUGAUAAA